AUGAGCGCAUACGGCGGUUUAGGACCCAUGACCAAUGCCGUCCUUUGGGUGGAAGCCAUCAUUGUUGCUGUCUUCGUGGCGCUACGACUCUAUACGCGAAAACAGAUUCUCAACUCUGUUGGCGCUGAUGAUUAUCUGGUUCUUAUUGCACUGGUUCUCCAUAUCACUUACACUGUCUUCGUCACAGUGUCUAGUGUUUAUGGUCUAGGACGACUAUACGCACAAGUCGGCAAUCCAGCCACAUACUCCACGGCCGUCAUGUAUGAAGUGUUUAGCCAGGUGGCUGGCCUUAUGGUAAUCGGUGUUGGCAAAUGUGCCGUUGGCGUCUUCCUUCUUCGAAUUGUGCGAAAUAAGAUCCAGAUUUGGUUCAUUUGGAGUUUCCUUGCGGCCACCGUUAUCAUCACAUUGUUUGCCAGCAUUACUGUCGUAAUACAGUGCUUGCCAGUGCAGAAGACUUGGAAUCCAACUGUCAAAGGAACAUGCUGGCUUGACUUUUCGAAGGUUGGCUUCACUGUUGGAUCAUGGUUUGUCGCGGCCGACUUUGCCUUUGCGAUUCUCCCAUGGUUCGUUAUCUGGGAUCUCAACAUGAAGCGCAAAGAGAAGAUCACCGUUGCCUGUGGUCUUAGUCUUGGAGUCUUCGCUGGAAUAUGUGGCAUCGUCCGCACCGUCGCUCUCGGAGGCUUGAAUGCAUCUGAGUAUAUCUGUAUGUUUCCUCAACCCUCACCAACACUGGUGGAGCUAACCCAACUCGAAGAUGAUACAGUGCCAAUGCUCAUCUGGUCGGCUACGGAAAGCUGUGUCACGAUCAUGUGCUCGUCAAUUCCCGUUCUGCGUCCCCUAUACCUUCGCGUCAGGUACGGCAAGGAUAGCCAGACCGGCUCCUCUGGCAACAAUUCCUACAAAUUGCCCCUUUAUGGCAGCGGUCGGAAAUACGGCAGACUUUCAAAAUCCGGCAAUGAAAUUUCAGCCAUCGAACCGAAAAUCUCUUACCAGAAACCCCCUAUGCAGCAUAAAACAAAAAAUACCAGCGAUGAGACUAUUCUUCGGGGGGCUGCAGGCAUCGAGAGGACGGAUGAGGUUAUGGUCAGCUGGGAGCGGCCUGGCAAGAAGGGCUAG